CUCUAGGACCCGCCUCGGGCUCCCAGCAGGGGGACCCCGCCGCGAGCCCGCGUCCUGCGCGCACCGGCCACGGCCCGACGGAGCGAGGCGUCGCGCGGUAGCCGCGCGUCGGGCGGCCGCUAGGCGCACCAGGGCGUCGCGCUCGGAAGGACCUGCGCGCCUCCCCAGCGGCAGGCGCAGCCCCUCGGCCGCGCUCAGCAUGAUGCCCCGGACGCCGCUCCUGCGGCUGCUGAUGGCGGUCUCGGCGGCAGCUGCGGCGGCGGGCGCGCCCGGGACGCCCCUGUCCCCUACCACGGGGGACGCCACUCUGGCCAUCGUCUUCGACGUCACCGGCUCCAUGUGGGACGACCUGAUGCAGGUGAUGGACGGCGCCUCGCGUAUUCUCGAGCGCAGCCUGAGCCGCGGCAGCCAGGCCAUCGGCAACUACGCGUUGGUGCCCUUCCACGACCCAGAUAUUGGCCCGGUGACCCUCACAGCAGACCCAGCGGUGUUUCAGAGGGAGCUGAGAGAACUCUAUGUGCAGGGAGGUGGCGACUGCCCAGAGAUGAGCGUGGGGGCCAUCAAGGCCGCCGUGGAGGUCGCCAACCCCGGCUCCUUCAUCUACGUCUUCUCGGACGCCCGCGCCAAGGACUACCACAAGAAGGAGGAGGUGCUGCGGCUCCUGCAGCUUAAACAGUCGCAGGUGGUCUUCGUACUGACAGGGGACUGCGGCGACCGCACGCAUCCUGGCUACCUGGCCUACGAGGAGAUCGCAGCCGCCAGCUCUGGGCAGGUGUUCCACUUAGACAAGCAGCAGGUGACCGAGGUGCUGAAGUGGGUGGAGUCAGCAGUCCAGGCCUCCAAGGUGCACCUGCUGUCCACGGACCAUGAGGAUGGUGGCGAGCACACCUGGAGGAUCCCCUUUGACCCCAGCCUGAAGGAGGUCACUAUCUCCCUGAGCGGCCCGGGGCCUGAGAUCGAAGUCCGAGACCCACUGGGGAGGAUCCUGCAGAGGGACGAGGGCCUCAACGUGCUCCUCAACAUCCCUGACUCGGCCAAGGUCGUGGCCUUUAAGCCUGAGCAUCCGGGGCUGUGGUCCAUCAAGGUCUACAGCAGCGGCCGCCAUUCGGUGAGGAUCACGGGCAUCAGCAGCAUCGACUUCCGAGCUGGCUUCUCCACUCAGCCCUCCCUGGACCUCAACCACACCAUCGAGUGGCCCCUGCAAGGGGUGCCCAUCUCCCUGGUGAUCAACUCCACGGGCCUGCAGGCGCCCGGCCGCCUGGACUCAGUGGAGCUCUCACACAGCUCAGGGCGGUCCCUCCUGACUUUGCCCACGCGGCCUCUCUUCAACGGAUCUACCCAUCAGCUGUGGGGCGGGCCGUCCUUCCACACCCCCAAGGAGCGCUUCUACCUCAAGGUGAAGGGCAAGGACCCGGAGGGGAACCCGCUCCUCCGUGUCUCCGGAGUUUCCUACAGUGGGCUGACCCCAGGUGCCCCCCUGGUCAGCAUGCCCGCCAGGAUCCAUGGCUACCUGCACCAGCCCCUGCUGGUCUUCUGCUCAGUGCACAGCGCCCUCCCCUUCCGGCUACAGCUGCGGCGGGACGGAGCCAGGCUGGGCGAGGAGAGGCAUUUUCGGGAGUCAGGGAACAGCAGCUGGGAGAUCCCACGGGCCUCCAAGGCCGAGGCAGGCAUCUAUGAGUGCACAGCGGUCAGCAGGGCUGGGACUGGACGAGCAAAGACCCAGAUUGUCGUCACAGACCCCCCACCGCAGGUGGUUCCUGUCCCCAACGUGACCGUGUCCCCAGGAGAGACCGCCAUCCUGUCCUGCUGGGUCCUGGGCGAGGCUCCGUACAACCUGACAUGGGUCCGGGACUGGCGAGUCCUGUCAGCUUCAACGGGCAGAGUCACACAGCUGGCCAACCUGUCCUUGGAGGUCAGCGGCACCAUUCCCAGUGACGCCGGGCGGUACCAGUGCAUGGCCAGCAACUCCAAUGGGGCCGCGAGGGCGUCUGUCUGGCUCCUGGUGCGAGAGGCCCCCCAGGUCAGCAUCCACACCAGGUCCCAGCACUUCUCCCAGGGUAUGGAGGUGAGGGUCCGCUGCUCAGCCUCUGGAUACCCGGCACCCCACAUCUCCUGGAGUCGUGAGGGUCGUAUCCUGCAAGGGGACAGCAGAGUCCGUGUGGAUGCCCACGGAACCCUGAUCAUUCAGGGAGUGGCCCUGGAGGAUGCUGGGAAUUACAGCUGCCAGGCUGCUAAUGAGGUUGGCACAGACGAGGAGACAGUCACCCUCUACCAUACAGACCCACCGUCCAUCUCAGCCGUAAAUGCUGUGGUGCUUGCUGCCGUCGGGGAGGAGGCUGUGCUGGCGUGUGAGGCAUCUGGGGUGCCCCCGCCCCGGGUCAUCUGGUAUCGAGGGGGUCUUGAAAUGAUUCUGGCCCCUGAGGCCUCCAGCUCUGGGAAGCUGCGGAUCCCGGCAGCUCAGGAGAGGGAUGCUGGCAUCUAUGCCUGCCGAGCUGUCAAUGAGUUGGGUGACACCUCGGCGGAAAUCCGGCUGGAAGUUGGACAUGCGCCCCAGCUGAAGGAGCUGCCCCGGGAUGUCACCGUGGAACUAGGGAAGAGUGCCCUCCUAGCGUGCCGGGCCACCGGCCGCCCGCCCCCGACAGCCACCUGGCGCCGUGGAGAUGGCCAGCCACUGGGGCCCAGGCUGGGCAGCAGGACUGGGCAGGCCGAUUCAGGAGUGCUGUUUUUUGAAAGUGUGGUCCCUGAAGACCAGGCCCUGUAUGUCUGUGAAGCUCAAAAUGUCUUUGGGAAGGUGCAGGCGGAAGCCCGCCUCAUCGUGACUGGACAUGCCCCCCCACAGAUCGCCAGCAGUGCAUCCACCGUCCGAGUGCUGGAGAGGCAGCCCGUGUCCCUGCCCUGCAUCAUCCUGGCUGGGAGGCCCCGCCCCGAGAGGCGCUGGCUCAAGGCCGGCCGGCCGCUCCCACCUGGCAGCCGGCAUUCCAUCCGAGCAGACGGCAGCCUUCACCUUGACCAAGCACUGUUGGAGGACGCAGGGAGGUACAGCUGUGUGAUCACCAACACUGCAGGCUCUCAGCAUAGGGAUGUGGACCUGGUUGUCCAGGUGCCACCUAGAAUCCAGCCCACUGCCACCCACCAUAUCACCAGUGAAGGGGUUCCAGCCUCUCUCCCCUGUGUAGCCUCAGGAGUUCCCACCCCCACCAUCACCUGGACCAAGGAAACCAAUGCCCUGGCCUCCAGGAAUCCCCACUACAAUGUGAGCAAGGAUGGCACCCUGGUCAUCACCCGGCCAUCUGCUCAGGAUGCAGGGGCCUAUGUCUGCACGGCCACCAACGCCGUGGGCUUCUCCAGCCAGGAGAUGUGGCUUUCUGUCAACACCAGGCCCAGGAUCCUUGUGAACGGGUCACAUGACGCAGACAAGCCUCUGAGGGUCACAGCCAAGGCCGGUGAUGAGGUGACCCUGGACUGCGAGGCCCAAGGCACCCCACCCCCAUUGGUCACCUGGACCAAGGACUCCCGCCCUGUGCCUCCCAUCACCGACAGGCGUCACCUCCUCCCAUCGGGCUCCCUGCGUCUGGCCCAGGCCCAGGUCAGUGACAGUGGCCUCUAUGAAUGCACAGCCAGUAACCCUGCGGGAUCCGCCAUUCAGUACUACCUCCUCGGGGUGCAAGUGCCCCCCCAGGUGCAGCCGGGCCCGCGGGUCCUGAAAGUGCUGGUGGGAGAUGCUCUGGACCUGAACUGUGUGGCUGAGGGCACCCCGGAGCCCCGGCUGACCUGGGCCAAGGAUGGGGUGGCCCUGAAGGGCGGGGGGCCCGAGGGCUCUGUCCACUUCACAGCCAUCCAAACCGCUGACGCUGGGACGUACCGCUGUGAGGCCUCCAGCAGCGCCGGGGUGGACGCCUGGGAGCUGGAGCUCAGGGUGCUGGAGCCGCCGCACUGGGGGGCCGAUAAGACCAGCGGGCUGCUGGAGAGAGUAGCAGGAGAGAACGCCAGCCUGCCGUGUCCUGCCAGAGGGACACCCAAGCCGCAGGUCACGUGGCGGAAGGGCCCGUCCUCAGAGCCCCUGCGUGGCCGGCCGGGUCUGGCGGUGCUGGAUGAAGGCUCUCUGUUCCUGGCCUCCGUCUCUCCCACCGACAGCGGAGACUACGAGUGCCAGGCCACCAAUGAGGCAGGCUCCGCAUCCAGGAGGGCCAAGCUGGUGGUCCUCGUGCCCCCCAGCAUUCGGGAGGACGGGCGCCAGGCCAAUGUGUCAGGCAUGGCUGGGCAGUCCCUGAAGCUGGAGUGUGCUGCAAAUGGCUUUCCGGCCCCUGAGAUCGUGUGGCUCAAGGAUGGGCAGCUGAUCCCCAAGGUGGGCAGCCACCGCCUCCUGGACGGGGCCCGGGCCCUCCACUUCCCCAGGAUCCAGGAAGGCGAUGCGGGCCUCUACUCCUGCCGGGCCGAGAACCAGGCUGGGACUGCCCAGAGGGACUUCGAUCUCCUUGUGCUCAUCCCACCUUCCGUGCUUGGAGCUGGGGGCGCCCAGGAGGUGCUGGGCCUGGCUGGUGCAGGGGUGGAGCUGGAGUGCCGGACCUCGGGGGUCCCCACGCCCCAGGUGGAAUGGACCAAGGACGGGCAACCUGUUCUCCCCGGGGACCCUCACGUCCAGCUCCAGGAGGAUGGCCAGGUUCUCAGAAUCACCAGCAGUCACCUGGGGGAUGAAGGGCGGUACCAGUGCGUGGCCUUCAGCCCAGCAGGCCAGCAGGCCAAGGAUUUUCAGCUCAGAAUUCACUCACCUCCCACCAUCUGGGGUUCCAACGAGACAAGUGAAGUGGCCGUCAUGGAGGGCCACCCCGUGCAGUUCCUCUGUGAGGCCCGAGGCGUCCCCACUCCUGACAUCACCUGGUUCAAGGACGAGGACCCCCUGGUCCCCGGUGCUGGGGUCGUCUCCACCAGGGGCGGCCGGCAGCUGCAGCUGGAGAGGGCCCGGGGCUCAGAUGCGGGCAUCUACACCUGCAAGGCCAGCAACCCCGUGGGGGACGUGGAGAAGGCCACCAGGCUGGAGGUUUACGUCCCGCCCACCAUCGAGGGUGCUGGCGGAGGGCCUCACGUGGUGAAGGCCGUGGCCGGGAGGUCCUUGGCGCUGGAGUGUGUGGCCAGAGGCCGCCCACCCCCCACCAUCUCCUGGCACCACGAGGGGCUGCCCGUGGCGGAGAGCAACGGGACGUGGGUGGAGGCGGACGGCGGUGUGCUGAUCCUGGAGAGCCUGGGGGGAGCGUCCGGAGGCCUGUACAGCUGUGUGGCCAGCAGCCCCGCGGGGGAGGCCGUGCUGCAGUACUCCGUGGAGGUGCAAGUGCCCCCGCAGCUCCUGGUGGCUGAAGGCUUGGGCCAGGUGACCACCCUCGUGGGACAGCCCCUGGAACUUCCCUGCCAGGCCUCGGGCUCCCCGUUGCCCGCUAUCCAGUGGCUUCAGAAUGGCCACCCGGCCGAGGAGCUGGCCGGUGUGCAGGUGGCCUCGCAGGGGACCACCCUGCACAUCGACCAUGUGGAGCUGGACCAUGCGGGCCUCUUUGCCUGCCAGGCUACCAAUGAAGCGGGCACUGCUGCGGCCGAGGUGGAGCUGUCUGUGCAAGAGCUCCCAUCGGUGGUCAUCAUUGGGGGUGAGAACAUCACAGCCCCUUUCCUGCAGACUGUGACCCUCCAAUGUGCAGGGACUGGGGUGCCUACCCCAAGCCUCCGCUGGUGGAAGGAUGGGGUGGCCCUGGCGGCCUCGGGGGGGAACCUGCAGAUUGAGAAGGUGGACCUGAGGGACGAAGGCAUCUACACUUGUGUUGCCACUAACCUGGCUGGGGAGAGCAAGAGGGACGUGGCGCUCAAGGUGCUGGUGCCCCCCAACAUCGAGCCAGGCCCGGUCAACAAAGCAGUGCUGGAAAAUUCCUCCGUAACCUUGGAGUGUCUGGCUUCGGGUGUGCCUUCUCCUGAUAUCUCCUGGUUCAAGGGCCGCCAGCCUCUCUCUGCCCGGAAGGGAGUGGCUGUGUCAGCUGAUGGAAGAGCUCUCCGCAUUGAGCAAGCCCGAUUUUCUGAUGCUGGGAGCUACCGCUGUGUGGCAUCCAAUGUGGCAGGCAGCACAGAGCUGCAGUAUGGCCUACGGGUCAAUGUGCCUCCACGCAUCACGCUGCCGCCCAGCCUGCCAGGCCCCGUGCUGCUCCACACCCCGGUUCGGCUGACCUGCAACGCCACUGGAGUCCCCAGCCCCAUGCUGAUGUGGCUGAAGGAUGGAAACCCCGUGUCCACUGCAGGGACCUCCGGCCUCCAGGUCUUCCCUGGGGGCCGGGUCCUCACGCUGGCCAGUGUCCGGGCCUCGGACUCAGGCAGCUACUCCUGCGUGGCCGUGAGCGCAGUGGGCGAGGAUCGCCAGGACGUCAUGCUGAAUGUCCACAUGCCCCCGAGCAUCCUUGGAGAAGAGCUGAACGUGUCCGUCGUGGCCAACGAGUCAGUGGCGAUGGAAUGCCGGAGCCAUGCUGUGCCCCCUCCCGUGCUGAGCUGGCGGAAGGACGGCCGCCCCCUGGAGCCUCGGCCGGGUGUCCGCCUCUCCGCAGACAAGGCCUUGCUGGAGGUGGACAGAGCAGAGGUGUGGGAUGCAGGCCGCUACACCUGUGAGGCACUGAACCAGGCAGGCCGCUCGGAGAAACACUACAACCUAAAUGUCUGGGUCCCUCCAGUGUUCCCCUCACGGGAGCCCCGCACCCUGACUGUGACUGAGGGGCACUCCGCCAGGCUGUCCUGCGAAUGUCGGGGCAUCCCCUUCCCCAAGAUCUCCUGGAGGAAGGACGGUCUGCCCCUGCUUGGAGAGGGGGCCAGCCUUGGGCAGGUGUCAGCUGUGGGGCGGCUGCUGUACCUGGGACAGGCCCAGCCAGCCCAGGAGGGAACAUACACCUGUGAGUGCAGCAACGUGGCAGGAAAUAGCAGCCAGGACCAGCAGCUGGAGGUGCACGUUCCCCCUCAGAUUAUAGGCGCCCAGGAACCCCACACACAGGUCUCCGUGGUCCAGGAUGAGGAGGCCACCCUGGAAUGCAACGCCACAGGGAAACCACCACCCAGGGUGACGUGGGAGCGGGCCGGCCAGCCGGCAGGGGCCGAGCCUGGCCUGAGGCUGCAGGACCAGGGGCAGAGGCUGCACGUGGAGCGGGUGCAGGCUGCCCACGCUGGGCACUACAGCUGUGUGGCUGAGAACGUGGCCGGGAGGGCCGAGAGGAGGUUUGCGCUCUCUGUGCUGGUGCCCCCAGAGCUCAUCGGUGACUUGGACCCACUGACCAACGUCACUGCUGCCUUGCACAGCCCCUUGACGCUGCUCUGUGAAGCCACAGGCAUCCCACCCCCAGGGGUCCGCUGGUUCCGAGGGGAGGAGCCCAUCAGUGCUGGGGAGGACACCUACCUCUUGGCAGGUGGCUGGAUGCUGAAAAUGACCCAGGCACAGGAGCAAGACAGAGGCCUCUACUCGUGCCUGGCAAGCAAUGAGGCUGGGGAGGCGCGGAGGAACUUCAGCGUGGAGGUCCUGGUUCCUCCCAGUAUCAAGAACGAGGACGUGGAGGAGGCAAUCAAGGUGCCCGAGGGGCAGACGGCCCUCCUGACGUGCAACACCACAGGCCACCCACAGCCCAGAGUCACGUGGUUCAAAGAUGGCCGGCCCCUGGCUGGUGGAGAUGCCCACCGCAUUUCUCCAGAUGGAGCCCUCCUGCAGGUCCUCCAGGCCAACCUGUCUAGUGCAGGCCAUUACUCCUGCAUUGCAGCCAAUGCCGUCGGGGAGAAGACCAAACACUUCCAGCUUAGCGUCCUGGUGGCUCCCACCAUCCUGGGAGUGACGGAGGACAGUGCGGAUGAGGAGGUGACUGUAACCAUCCACAACCCCAUCUCUCUGAUCUGCGAGGCGCUGGCCUUUCCCUCCCCCACCAUCACCUGGAUGAAGGAUGGGGCCCCGUUUGAGGCCUCUAACAACAUCCAGCUGCUCCCAGCAGGCACUCAUGGGCUGCAGAUCCUGAAUGCCCAGAAGGAAGAUGCAGGCCAGUACGCCUGCGUGGUCACCAACGAGCUUGGGGAAGCCAUGAAGAACUAUCAUGUGGAAGUCCUCAUCCCCCCUUCCAUCUCCAAAGAUGACCCCUUGGGGGAGGUCGGCAUGAAGGAAGUGAAGACCAAGGUCAACAGUACCUUGACCCUGGAGUGCGAGUGCUGGGCCGUGCCCCCGCCUACCAUCAGCUGGUACAAGGAUGGACAGCCCAUGACUCCCACCCAGCGUGUCCGCAUACUUGGCGAAGGGCGGCUUCUCCAGAUCCAGCCCACGCAGGUCUCGGAUUCAGGGCGAUACCUGUGCGUGGCCACCAAUGUGGCUGGCGAGGACGACCAGGACUUCAACGUGCUCAUCCAGGUGCCCCCUAUGUUCCAGAAGGUGGGAGACGCCAGUGCAGACUUUGAGACCCUGUCCCGGCAGGAAGAGGCCCGGGGUGGGGUGACGGAAUACCGGGAGUUCGUGGAGAACAGCCCCGCCUACCUGAACUGCGACACCAAUGCGGUCCCACCCCCGGCGCUCACCUGGUACAGGGAGGACCAGCCCCUCUCGGCCACGGAUGGGGUGUCUGUUCUGCAAGGGGGCCGAGUCCUGCAGAUCCCCCUGGUCCGUGCAGAGGAUGCCGGGAGGUACUCAUGCAAGGCCUCCAACGAGGUGGGCGAGGACUGGCUGCACUACGAGCUGCUGGUGUUGACCCCACCUGUGAUCCUGGGUGACACGGAGGAGCUGGUGGAGGAGGUGACUGUCAAUGCCAGCAGCACCAUCAGCCUGCAGUGCCCAGCCCUGGGCAACCCUGUGCCCACCAUCUCGUGGCUCCAGAAUGGGCUGCCUUUUUCCCCAAGCCCACGGCUGCAGGUCCUGGAGGAUGGGCAAGUCUUGCAGGUUUCCACGGCGGAGGUGGCUGACGCCGCCAGCUACAUGUGCGUGGCCGAGAACCCGGCGGGCUCCGCGGAGAAGCUGUUCACCCUCAGGGUACAAGUCCCACCACGAAUCGCAGGUCUAAACUCGGAGCAGGUCACAGCCAUCCUCAACAGCAGUGUCUCCCUCCCCUGUGAUGUCCGUGCUCACCCGAGCCCUGAGGUCACAUGGUACAAGGACAGCCAAGGCCUCUCCCUGGGAGAAAAGGUCUUCCUCCUGCCUGGCACCCACACGCUGCACCUGCCUCGGGCACAGCCAUCGGACUCCGGGGUGUACAUGUGUGAGGCUCUCAAUGCCGCUGGCCGAGACCAGAAGCUGGUGCAGCUUAGCGUGCUGGUUCCGCCCACCUUCAAGCAGGCUCCCAGCAGCCCCCAGGAUGUGGUCGUGGUGAGGGCCGGGGACAAGGCCGUCCUGAGCUGUGAGACAGACUCACUCCCCGAGCCGGCCGUGACCUGGCACAAGGACAGGCAGCCCCUGGUCCCAGCACAGCGGACCCGAGCUCUGCUAGGUGGGCAGAGGCUGGAGAUCCAGGACUCCCAGGUGUCGGAUAAAGGUUUAUACAGCUGUCGAGUCAGCAAUGCAGCUGGGGAGGCUGUGCGGACCUUCAUCCUCAAGGUCCAGGUGCCCCCAACGUUUGAGAACCCCAAGACGGAGACUGUGAGCCAGGUGGCUGGGAGCCCCCUGGUCCUGAGCUGUGAUGUGACUGGGGUCCCCGCACCUACUGUUACUUGGCUGAAGGACAGAAUGCCUGUUGAGAGCAAUGUGGCACAUGGUGUGGUGUCCCGGGGGGGCCGCCUCCAGCUGAGCCACCUGCAGCCAGCUCAGGCUGGCACCUACACGUGUGUGGCUGAGAACGCCCAGGCCGAGGCCCGCAAGGACUUCGUGGUGGCUGUGCUGGUGGCCCCUCGGAUCCAGAGCUCGGGUGCCACACAGGAGCACAGCAUCCUGGAGGGACAACAGGUGCGGCUGGACUGUGAGGCUGACGGGCAGCCACCACCCGAUGUGACUUGGCUGAAGGACGGUAGCCCGCUGGGCCAGGGCACGAGCCCCCACCUCCGGUUCUACCUGGACGGCAGCUCCCUGGUGCUGAAGGGCCUGAGGGCCUCGGACUCCGGCGCCUACACCUGCGUGGCCCAAAACGCAGCUGGGGAGGAUGCCAGGCUGCACACCGUGAACGUGCUGGUGCCUCCCACCAUCGAGCAGGGGGCAGAGGGCGCGGGGACCCUGGUGAGCAGGCCCGGGGAGCUGGUAACCAUGAUGUGCCCCGUCCGGGGCUCCCUGCCCAUCCACAUGACCUGGCUCAAGGACGGCCUGCCCCUCCCGCUCUCCCAGCGCACCCACCUCCAUGGCUCGGGCCGCACCCUCAGGAUUUCCCAGGUGCAGCUGGCGGAUUCCGGCAUCUUCACCUGUGUGGCUGCAAGCCCAGCAGGUGUGGCCGACAGGAACUUCACCUUGCAGGUGCAAGAUCCACCCCACAUCGAGGACUCAGGCCAGCCUGCAGAGCUGUUGCUGACCCCUGACGCCUUCUUGGAGCUCCUCUGUGAUGCCCGGGGCACCCCCACACCCAACAUCACCUGGCACAAGGACGGGCAGGCCCUGAACAGGGCCGGGCGGGUGCUCCGGGUGGAGGGUGUGCAGGUGGACGAUGCUGGGCUGUACACUUGCCUGGCCCAGAGCCCAGCUGGUGAAGUCGAGAAGAGCUUCCGGGUCAGGGUUCAAGCCCCUCCAAAUGUCAUCGGGCCCCAAGGCCCCCGCUUUGUGGUUGGCCUGGCCCCGGGACAGCUGGUUCUAGAGUGCUCAGUGGAGGCAGACCCAGCACCGGAGAUUGAGUGGCACCGGGAUGGCAUCCUGCUGCAGGCAGAUGCUCAUACCCAGUUCCCAGAGCGGGGUAGGUUCCUCCAGCUGCAGGCCCUGAGCACGGCGGACAGCGGCGACUACAGCUGCACAGCCCACAAUGCUGCGGGCAGCACCAGCCUGGCCUUCCAAGUGCAGAUCCACACGGUCCCCACCAUUCGGCCAGGACCACCCGCAGUGAACGCCUCGGUGAACCAGACGGCCCUGCUGCCCUGCCAGGCAGAUGGUGCCCCCCCACCCCUCGUGAGCUGGCGGAAGGACGGGGUCCCCCUGGAUCCUGGGAGCCCCAGGUUUCAGAUUCUGCCUGAGGGUUCCCUAAGGAUCCAGCCAGUCCUCACCCAGGACACCGGUCAUUACCUCUGCCUGGCGUCCAACUCUGCAGGUUCCGAUCUGCAGGGCCGUGAACUCCGGGUCUUCGAGCCUCCAGCCAUCGCCCCCGGCCCCUCCAACCUGACCCUGACCGCCCACACUCCCGCCUCACUGCCCUGUGAGGCCAGUGGCUCCCCCAAGCCUCUCGCAGUCUGGUGGAAGAACGGACAGAAAUUGGACUUCCGCCUGCGGCAGGGCACCUACCGGCUCCUGCCCUCCAAUGCCUUGCUCCUCGCAGCCCCCAGCCCUGAAGAUUCAGCCCAGUUUGAGUGUGUGGUGAGCAAUGAGGUGGGCGAGGCCCGCAGGCUCUACUGGGUGACUGUUCAUGUGCCUCCCACCAUUGCUGAUGACCAGACAGACUUCAUGGUGACCAAGAUGGCGCCCGUGGUCCUCACGUGUCACAGCACAGGUGUCCCAGUCCCGGUUGUGUCCUGGAGCAAGGCGGGCACCCGGCUGGGGAUGCGGGGGAAUGGCUACCGUGUCUCACCUUCGGGUGCCCUGGAGAUCGGGCAGGCCCUCCCCAUCCACGCUGGCCGCUACACCUGCACAGCCCGCAACUCCGCGGGCGUGGCCCACAAGCACGUGUUCCUCACUGUGCAAGCCUCCCCCGUGGUGAAGCCACUACCCAGUGUGGUCUGGGCGGUGGCAGAGGAGGAGGUGCUGCUGCCUUGCGAGGCCUCGGGCAUCCCCCGGCCAAGCGUCACCUGGCAGAAGGAGGGGCUGAGCGUGACUGCAGGGGUGAGCACCCAGGUCCUACCCAGUGGACAGCUGCGGAUUAUCCACGCCAGCCCAGAGGAUGCCGGGAACUAUUUCUGCAUUGCCCAAAACAGUGCAGGCAGUGCCGUGGGGAAGACUCGGCUGGUGGUGCAUGUCCCACCUGUGAUCGAGACUGGCCUCCCUGAUCUGUCCACCACCGAGGGCUCCCACGCCCUCUUGCCCUGCACGGCCCGUGGCAGUCCCGAGCCCGACAUCACCUGGGAGAAAGAUGGCCAGCCUGUGUCUGGAGCCGAGGGCAAGUUCACCAUCCAACCUUCCGGGGAGCUGCUGGUGAAGAACUCGGAGAGCCAGGAUGCUGGCACCUACACCUGCACCGCCGAGAAUGCUGUGGGCCGCGCCCGCCGCCGUGUGCACCUCACCAUCCUGGCACUGCCUGUCUUCACCACCCUGCCAGGGGACCGCAGCCUGCACCUUGGGGACAGGCUGUGGCUUCGCUGUGCGGCCCGAGGCAGCCCUACACCCCGAAUUAGCUGGACUGUCAACGACCGGCCAGUCACAGACGGGGUGUCCGAGCAGGACGGGGGCAGCAUGCUGCAGCGGGUGGCAGUCACCAGAGAAGACAGCGGGACCUACGUCUGCUGGGCCGAGAACAGAGUGGGCCGCGUGCAGGCGGUCAGCUUCGUCCACGUGAAGGAGGCUCCUGUCCUACAAGGGGAGGCCUUUUCCUACCUGGUAGAACCCGUUGGGGGCAGCAUCCGGCUCGACUGUGUGGUCCGUGGAGACCCAGCACCUGACAUCCACUGGAUCAAAGAUGGCCUUCCACUGCGGGACAGCCGUCUUCGGCACCGGCUGCAGAAUGGCUCGCUGACCAUCCACAGGACUGAGAUGGACGACGCCGGACAGUACCAGUGCCUGGCGGAGAACGAGAUGGGGGCGGUGGAGAAAGUGGUGGUCCUCGUGCUGCAGAGUGCCCCAGUGUUCCAGGUGAAGCCCCAGGACGUGACAGUGAGAUCCGGGGAGGAUGUGGCCCUUCGGUGCCAGGCUGCUGGAGAGCCCGUGCCCACAGUGGAGUGGCUGCGUGCAGGCCAGCCCUUGCGGGCCAGCCGGCGGCUCCGGACCCUGUCGGAUGGGAGCUUGUGGCUGGAGCGUGUGGAGGCAGGGGACGCGGGCGCGUACGAGUGCAUCGCUCACAACCUCCUGGGCUCUGCCACAGCCCGGGCAUUCCUGACCGUGAGAGAGGAGCCACAGGGGGGCCGAGGCAGCAUGAUUGGGGUGAUCAACGGCCAGAAAUUUGGCGUGGCUGUCCUCAAUACCAGUGCGCAGCAGGAGGCACGUUCUGGGGUCACCACCAUCCGCAGCAGCAUCAGCCACGUCCCUGCAAGUGUGGGCUGGCUGUCAGCGGAGAGGGAGUGAAGUGAGACGCUGUCCAGAUGUGGCUGCUGCUUCCAGCCGCAGGAGCAGGAGCCGUGAAGCCAGGUGAGCCAGGCUCUGUUGAGUGGGAACAGAGGCACAGGAAGGCUGAGAAGUUUCCGCUCCCAGGCCCAGGGGCCCAGCUGGCUCCUGUGGUCAUCAGCCCUCCUGCACCUCUCUCCUGAGCUAGCAGUUUGACUGAGAAGCUGGACCAUAUCCCUGGCCCCAAGCAAGCGGGGUUUCCCCUGCCCCAGUCCCAGACCCCACCUACUCUGGAGGAGGCCUGGGCAUCGUGGGAGGGUCUGAGAAUCUGUGGCCACAGGACUUUCGGGCUCUUUUCUCCAAGUCAGUGGUUUAGAGCAAGCCUGCCUCGCCCAGGCUCUUCUGAAGGUACCUGCGAGUAAGAAGACAGUUGAUUUUCAUCUUGGUCUGGCAUAUAUGUAGUGACCAUCUGUGCAAUCCCAGGCUCUGUGGUGACCCAGUGGCCCUCCAUAUUUAUUGAAUUCAGUUGAAUAUUAAAUGCACUCCUUCGUAUAAAUAUAUUUUGUUAAUUUUCACAGCUGUUCCCUGAAGUAGAUAUUUGCUUUCACCUCUUCCCAGGUUCUGAUCCAAUAACUAGUCCAAGUAAUCACAGGGCCAGGCCUAAGUGGGGAGGGAAGGGGCUGAGCACUCCUGGGGGCAAUAGGGAGCCACUGAAGGACCUUGAGCAGGAGAGCAGCUACCUCCAGGAUCAAGUC